AUGACUGUGCCACCAAUAAGCGAACGAGCCUCGUUCGAGGUAGCCAAACGUCUUCUCUGCCAGAUUCUGAACGAAGGUCUUGUCAGCGGGACUUUAGAGACAUUCGAAUCUGAAGAACCGUACCUGUGUCUGUUCAGGAACUCCUGCAAUACAGAGAAGCCGGAAAAAUGCAUCCGCGUCAGACUCCAGCCAAGCGCGCAGGCCGGUAUUUUCAUGCGUUCUGCGCGGAUCGUGUCGCUCGUGCGCCCGGAGAUGUUGCAAAUGCCUGUUACUCUCGUGGAUGGGACGUCUGAGCGGCGGGAGCUUCGUUCGGGGGCUUUGUUUCAGUUUGCAAGUAGCUUGUUCACGGAGCAUGUCGAGGCGUCUACACUGGAAGAGAUAGCGUUGGGGUUGGAGAAUAGUGAGGCAAACACAGAGAAGUGGCUGGAAUUGCACUCCUCCCCUGGGCCAUUAGACCUCAACUCGCCGUCGGUCUUGUGGGAACGAGCGCUGAUCUGGGGACACCCGACUCAUCCGUUUCAUAGACUGUGCUAUGCGCAGGAAGGCUUAGCCCCAGUUGAGCCCAGAGAUCUGCCCGAAUUCCUCACGCCAACGCUGGCAUUCGUGUCCGUCUUACGGGAUGAGAUCUCCAUCUCGGGUCCUUUCGAGGAGUCACUGCAGCCUCUGCUGGCGCAGCUGGACGUCCCCGCUCCCGAGACUGCCGACAGGGUCGUUGUCCCCUGUCUCCGUCUUCAACUCCCCUGCGUCUUUCGCCACUUCCCCAGUGCCGUCCUGGUCAAGACAGUUUCCGGCUGCGCAGACACGCAAGCCUCGAUGCGCACCCUCACCCUGCGCCCGGAACUCAACUUCCCCUACCACAUCAAACUGUCCAUCGCGUGCCAGAUCACCUCGGAUGUGAGGGCGAUCCGACCCUGCCAAACCCUCGGCGGACAGCUGGUAAGGAAGCAGCUGCACGAAUUCUUCCCGCCGGAUCUGUGGUGGUUUAAAGAAGUUGCGUCUGUGGCGGGGAACCAGACGGCGCAAGGAGAUACGCAGGAAAACGAGGAUAAAGCGCGUCAUAUUGGCUGCAUUCUGCGUGAGGAUCUUGAGGCCAGAGCUAACGCGAACAAUGAGGCGCUGAUCAUCGCCGGGUCUCUGGCUCAACAACCCGCGAACGAUCCUCGGACUCAUGCGGAGAUUGUCUUUGGUCUGGAAACUGUCGAGCAGAAGCAUGAUUGGCUCAAAGAGUAUGUGGCGGGCUUUCUGCGGGCUGUCCUCCCUUCGCUGGUGCAGUACGGCAUCGGCAUGGAGGCUCAUGGACAAAACGCCCUGGUUCGCGUGUGUCGUGAUACCAGAAAAAUCACAGGGUUCGUCGUCCGAGACUUUGAGGGAAUCAAGGUGCACGUCCCCACGCUCGAGAAACUUGGCAUAAACCUGUGCAUGACCUCUCCAGGAUGCACGAAAAAUCUCGAGGACAUCUGGAGCAAGAUUCACCACUCCAUCUUCCAGAACCACCUUGGCAAUCUGGUCUACGCGCUGGGUCUCGACCGCCAUGAUGGAUGGACGAUCAUCCGGGACGAGCUCUUUGCGGCCCUGAAGCCGGACACGGACCCGCGAGCCAAGGAGUUAUAUGACUUUAUUCUUCAGGAUACGAUGCCAUUCAAGUGCUUCUUGAGGAUGCGGAUGAGCGAGCACUUUAAUGAUUAUGAUGGUGAUGAACAGGAUCAGCCGCGCGUCAAGCGUGACGAGAGACCGCUACCUAAUGCCCUUCUCAUGGGUUCUGCUAGAUGGGAGAAGGUUCUAAAUGAGUGUGCACCGAAAAAGCUCGAGAGUUGA